AAAACUCUAUCCAAUGUCUAAACUCUCUUAUAAAUAAAGCCUCUAAUUAAAGCCUUUUUGUAUAUGAAGAAGACAGAGGUCUCAAAAGCUUGACAAAAAUGGCCAGCUAUUCUCUUCCAUCACCAAUAGCCAAAAGGCUAGAAGGUAAAGUAGCACUAAUAACUGGUGGAGCUAGCGGCAUAGGAGCAGCCACAGCUAGGCUUUUUGUUCAACAUGGUGCAAAGGUUACAAUUGCAGACAUUCAAGACAACCUUGGAACUUCUUUAGUACAAGAAAUUGGCAACGAACAUACAAUCUUUGUCCAUUGCAAUGUUGCUGUUGAAUCAGACGUUCAAAAUGUUGUAGAUGCAACAAUUGCCAAAUUUGGUAAGCUGGACAUAAUGUUCAGUAACGCUGGUAUAGGAGGUAAGUCAAUUUCCAGCAUCUUAGAUGUCGAUUACGACAUAAUUAAGACAGUGUUCGAUGUAAACAUUGUUGGCGCCUUCUUUUGCGCUAAGCAUGCUGCUAGAGUAAUGAUUCCAUUCAAGAAAGGUUCCAUUAUCUUCACAGCAAGUGCUGCGACAGUGGUCUCUGGUAUUGUCCCGCACGCAUAUUCUGCAUCAAAAGGUGCAGUUUUGGGAUUUUCCAAGAACAUUGGGGUCGAAUUAGGGAAGUACGGAAUAAAAGUUAACUGUGUUUCUCCUCAUUACAUUAGCACACCACUUGUAUUGAAUGCGCUUGGAAUAGCUGAGAGAGAGAUAGCGGAAAAAUGGUUUGCAGCAGGAGGAAAUUUGAAAGGAGCUUUACUAGAUGAAGAGGAGGUCGCAAAGGCAGUGCUAUACUUAGCAAGUGAUGAUUCUAAAUAUGUGAGUGGUAUGAAUCUGGUUAUUGAUGGUGGUUUUAGUACCACAAAUGUGGCUUUAACAGAGGCCUACAACAAAUUGUUCUCAUCCGAAAAUACCCAUCAGUGUUGAUUUUUUCAAAAUGAGUGGGAAUGAAUAAAGAGGGACUAACUUCAAAUGAUUGAUAUCAGAUCCCUCAACUGAAAACUUUCCAAUGUGCAAAUUAUACAAAGUAAGGAAUAAGAAGGCCAAUGAUAUCUAUAGUAGUUUUUAUUUCGGACAA